AAACGGGUACGAAUAAAUAAAUAUCGUCAAUUCAAUUAUCCCUCCGCAAUACAUUUUUCACGAACAGAAUUAUUCAAGGAUCGAAUAGUUCUCGACCUUUCAGCAUUCGCUGAACGCCAGUGCCGUAAGUAGAAGUGCUCUUUUUUUAGCCGAACCUCCUCCAAUAGGAUGGCUACGCAUCAUUCUGUUUCCACUUGUUCCGCAAGCUCUUCGCGUAAACGCGCAUAACCAGUGACGGAUCUGGUCUCCGAGGGGCCUUUAUUUUCCGAAAAGUUACUGGAACCGACAAAUACGUUAAUAUAUAUUCUCGACAUUUACGUCUUCUCGGGCGGCUAACGAUUAACGAACCAAAAGUUGGAUCAACCUGAGAGUUCCCACUUCGAUACAGAUAAUGGAACAUCCGAGAAAUGAUCGAUUUAAUCGUCGCGAGCGACUCGUGAUUAAUUCAAUCGUAAAUCGUCUCGAGCGAGCAACGAUUAUCCGUUUUAAUCGUAAUCGUUACUUCGAUUAAACUCCAUCGGACACUAGUGGAAACGUAGCCUGAGCUUUCGACGGAAACUCACGAGAUCCUCCGAAUGGCGUCCGAGGCCGAGAUCGAAUCGCCCUUUAGACGAAGCACGGAGUGACCAAUCGAGCGGUUCGGGUCGGUGGGGGCUGUCAAGGGACGGUAAACGAGUGCUUAUCGUGAUAUGUCGUCCUCGUAAUCGCAAGACAAGAUUCUCUCGGGGUGUUUUAACUCGUGACGUAAUCGUUCGACGACGCGACGAGGAUAAUAAUAAUAAUAAAAAAAAAAAAAGGACACGGGGAAACACCGAAGGACAAGGAAACCAAAGAAAGAGAGACAGUGGAGUUUAAUGGCUCUCAGGAGAUUGGAAAUACAAAAACAGGCUUCGCGCUCGCGAACGGGGCUCGCAACAAGCAACAUCGUCUCACGUUCGCUGGUCCCGUGUCCAAUUCUCCGUCUCGAUUUCGAUGACAGGCUGCUGUUGCUGUCGUCGCGAAUUCGGCUUCAGUUUCCGUGUCUGUUAUGCGUAAACGCGGACCGAGCCGAGUGUUUAUAACUGCACGAUCAGUGGCGUAACUACAGGCUGGUGCAGCGCAUAUCGAAACACGAUUUCCAAGUCAACGGGUCCCCCGAAUUUAUUUAACAAAAAAUCAAACGUAACUUUAUCGAUCGACGUCCGCUCUUUUUGUACAUUAAACACGCGUUUUCUACGUGAGUAUAUUUUCUUCGAACGGUAACGAACACGAGAAACUCCUGUGUCUAUCUUGCUAGAAAUGUUUCGUUAAAUUUAACGCGUAUCGCGAGACACGUUGGUUCGUUCUUUUUACAAGAUAUAAACAUGAUGCCGUGUUAUUUUCGUUUAGCAUCGUUCAUGUUUUGUCAAUAAUUAAUAUAAACAAAAUGUUUCGAGUAAAAUAUUUCUUGUAGGAUAUCCGUUUCCGAAAGGACCGCGCCAUAAAUUUGAACGCGAGGCCGCGGAAUUGCUAGUUACGUCACUACGCGCGGUACUGGCGGCGCCGAAGGGAAAGGGAAAGGGUGGCGGAGAAGGAGACGGAGCAAGUUGGAAGGGAGAGCGACACGGGGGGGGAACAGUGUGCGUGCGCGCGUGAAGGAGCGAGAAGGAAAAUAGAGCCGAAGGCUCGUCGGGGACGGGAUAUAUUCGAAGCGGUGCGCCACACAUUUUCCGACGGAAGGUCGUUAUUUACCGUGGCGAAAAACUGUUGGUGAAAUAUUUUUCGAGAGGUCUAUCCUCGAUAGACGCGUCGCGAAUCGUACGACAACCUCCUCCGACCAGAACUCGUUGGGCACCGCGGCGAUGGUUCGAUCUGGUUGACCGAGUAGUUGACUAAUUUCUGAAUAACCUGCUCGUACGAUCUGAAGUGUCAGCUCGUCGACAGGCGUGACAGCCCGUCGACUGGCUCGUCCGUGUCCUGUUCACGAUGUUCACGGGGACGGUGAAGAUCGAAAUAUGCGAGGCAGUCGGACUAAGGGCGACAGACAAGCAGCGCAAGUUCUGGCAGGACGAACCUAUACUCGACCCUUACGUUCAGCUGGACGUCGACGAGAAUCAUCUGAAUCGUUCGUCCACCAAGCCGAAAACCUUCGAUCCAGUGUGGAACGAAUCAUUCACCCAUGACGUCCAGGAUGCAGUCAUGCUCGGGCUUACAGUUUUUCACGACGCGGCAUUGCCACCGGAUUAUUUCGUCGCCAAUUGCAGUAUCCCUUUCGAGGAGCUCGUCAGCAGAAACGACAAAACUGCAGACUUCUGGGUGGACCUGGAGCCUCAAGGAAAACUAAGGGUUAGGAUUGAUCUGAAAUGGAAUGACCAAGAUCAACAACGGGGUUGCGGUGCGGGCAAUGGAGAAGGCAUCGGAAGCAGAGGUGGUGGAAGCAUCACUGCUGGUCGAGAACCCAGGAGGGAGUUCAAAGAACGACAGGGUUUCAAUCGGCGACGGGGUGCUAUGCGACGUAGAGUUCAUCAAGCAAACGGUCACAAAUUUAUGGCUACUUUUCUGAGGCAACCGACUUUCUGUUCCCACUGCCGUGAAUUUAUAUGGGGCUUGGGCAAGCAGGGCUAUCAGUGUCAAGUUUGCACAUGUGUGGUUCACAAGAGAUGUCACAAGCUGGUUAUUACAAAAUGCCCAGGCAUGAAAGAGUCGACUCAUGAUACGGAAAGUCCGCGCUUCAGCAUAGACAUGCCGCAUCGUUUCGCUGUACACAAUUACAAAAGAUUUACAUUUUGUGAUCACUGUGGAUCGCUUUUGUACGGUUUAUUCAGACAAGGCUUACAAUGCGAAGCUUGUAAUAUAAAUGUCCACAAAAGGUGCCAGAAGAAUGUAGCCAAUAAUUGUGGGAUAGACACAAAAGCUAUGGCUGAAAUCUUAAGUACAAUGAAUAUAUCGCCGGAUAAGCAAAUAAAAACUCCAAAGAUUAAUUAUAGAACAACAACUUAUCAGUCUGGUCAGACACCUCCAACCGUAACCGUUACGGACACCUUACCGACGGAUAAUAUGCAACCAGUUCAAAAAACAGAGGACGCGCCGGUUAUCGCUACUGAAAAUACAGUACCUGCUAGUGAGAACCAAGUUAGAAAGCUUGGUAUCGAAGACUUCAAUUUCAUCAAAGUUCUCGGUAAAGGUAGUUUUGGAAAAGUGAUGUUAGUAGAACGAAAAACGAAUCCUGACGAGGUUUACGCCGUGAAAAUCUUGAGAAAGGAUGUAAUCAUACAAGAUGACGAUGUGGAUUGCACGAUGACGGAAAAACGUAUUUUAACACUGGCAGCGAAACAUCCUUUUCUCACUGCUAUACAUAGUUGUUUCCAGACAAACGAUCGAUUGUUUUUUGUUAUGGAGUUCGUAAACGGAGGCGAUCUAAUGUUUCAUAUUCAGAAAGCACGAAAAUUUGACGAAGCGAGAGCACGCUUUUACGCAGCAGAAGUUACACUCGCGCUUCAAUUUCUCCAUAAACAUCACGUUAUUUAUCGAGAUCUUAAAUUAGACAAUAUAUUACUCGACCAAGAGGGUCACUGUAAAUUAGCCGAUUUCGGGAUGUGCAAGGAGGGCAUUGUCGAAGGGAAAACAACCACGACAACAUUCUGCGGUACUCCGGAUUAUAUAGCACCUGAGAUCCUUCAGGAAUUACAGUAUGGCGCCAGCGUCGAUUGGUGGGCACUUGGCGUUUUAAUGUACGAAAUGAUGGUCGGUCAGCCACCAUUCGAAGCGGACAACGAAGACGAUCUAUUCGAGUCCAUCUUACGGGACGAUGUAGUUUAUCCGAAAUGGAUCUCGGAAGAAGCAGUAUCGAUUUUAAUAGGAUUCAUGACGAAAAAUCCCGCCGAUAGGUUAGGUUGCGUUGCAGCUAAUGGCCGCGAGGACGCCAUAAAAACUCAUCCAUUUUUUCAAAGGAUCGAUUGGGAUGCGCUCGAAGCUCGUAAAGUGAAACCACCGAUCAGACCAAAAAUUAAAAGCGAAAAAGAUACGUUGAACUUCGACGCGGAAUUCACGAAAGAGGAUCCGGUAUUGACACCGGAGGAUCCGGACGAAGUAAACUGCAUCAAUCAAGAGGAGUUCCAUGGCUUUUCUUUCGUCAACAAAGACUUCAAUCCAGCUAGGUUUGGAGUACAGUAAGGAACACGAACCAGUGAACGAAAAAGAGGAUACAAUGUUAAUAUCAACUUAACGCUUCUUGCUUAACGAAAUUGGCGACGAUGUCAAUCUGCAAAGCUGAACAUCGGCGUUUUGAAGCUGCUCGGGGUCUCCUUUGUAUUUCGUCUUCGCCGAAGAAUCAUUUUCUGUGUUAUUGGAAGCAACGCUCAAGCUGCAAGAAAAAACAGUGGGUGGAGAUCAUCGAAAAAUUUGGAAACUACGGUUUAAGGUCUUCGGUGUCCGUUCCGUAUAUGAACUGGCAGUUUUUUCGCAGAGAUAUCGAUCGUUAAAGAGCAAACGUGACGUUAAUUUGGCACAAGUAGAAAAACGCAUUCGAAUCUAAUUGUGUCUUUAAGGUUUGGCGAAGUCGCUGUUAUCUUUUCAUUUUCAUGGAAAGCCAGAUACCAGCGUUAUCGAGAGGAAACGCCAACGAGAGAUUCAAUUUGUGGUCAUUAGAGAGCAAACGUACUUUGGAAAUCGAGUACUCUGAUUAAGGAAAUUAGUACAAAAAAAAAAAAGAAAAGAAAA